GGUUCUUGGGACAAUGCGGCUCGGCCGGCUCGAUGGGCCAAAGACGAGGGAGAUCGUCGCCAAGGCGCUGAUGCGCAGCAAGCUCAGGAACACGCGGCGCGACGCAGAGGAGCCCUACACUCCGCCGCCGCCGCGGCCGCGCGAUUCCCUGCUGCUUGUCGCCACAGUCGCCACGCCAGCAUCGGUAGAUUACGAUCCGGCCGAGGCGACGGGGAUCGUCGGCAAGGAUGUGGAGCUCCUGGAAUGCCAGGGCUGCGAGGCGACGACGGCGACCCUAGAAGGUAUGCUCCGGCACUGUAUCAGCUUCAAGGCGGCACCGGAUCUUCGCAGGGUUCACAAUCACAUAGUCAUGACCGAGCGCUGCAAUCGAUCGCUGGGUACGAUGCUCAUCACGGCGUAUGGAAAAUGCGGCCUCCCCGACGCGGCGGUAUCGGUCUUUCGGGGCUUGCGGCGGCAGAACGAGCAGGGCUGGACGGCGGCGAUCGUCGCCAUGGCCGAGAAUGGACGGCAUCGCGACGCUUUCAAUCUCUUCCGGGACAUGAUACUGGAUGGCUCACCGCCACUGCCCGUGACUUACACGGAGGUUCUCAAGGCCUGUGGGGAGAUGGGCGGUCUCAAGGAGGCCAAGCUCGUCCACUUUUGUCUCGCGACCUCGCGGUGGCGCUCGCAUUUGCCCGUCGUUAAUCAGCUCAUCGAUACGUAUGACAAGGUUGGAGGGAUCGAGGAGGCCAGCAAAGCUUUAGGAUCUGUCAUCGUUGACGCUGGAUCCGAGACCUGGAAGAAGGUGUGGGGGACGUAUAAGAAGAGAGGACAGUCGAGGGAGGCGCUCAAGCUGUUCCUCAAUAUGGACCCGGCACAGCAAACGUCUCUAAACGCGAGGAUGUGCCAAGAGGCGAUGAAUGCGUGCUCGAGCCUGGAGGACGCUCGAGCGCUGCACGCACACUUAUCGUCGUUGGGGAUGGCCACCGAGUUUGAGACUGCCAGGCGCUUCCUCGAGCUCUUCAUCCGGCUGGGCAGCCUGAAGGACGCCGAGGUGGUGUUUCAGAGUGUAAAGACAAAGAAUCUGGAAUGGUGGCAGACGAUGAUCCGAGCCUAUGCCGCGGGCGGUGAUAUAGAAAACGUUCGUCGUCUCUACAGAGUGAUGAAGUCCCACCGAAUGAGUUACAAUAAGAAAACGCAAGCACAGAUCUUGGAAAGCUGCAAAACCAAAGGGAAGCUUCUAUCAGUGGAGGCUAUAGCGGUUCCAGCGUGAUCAAAGUAGACAUGGCCGACAUGGCUAGUGGUAUUGCAAGCUUUCGUUGGCGUACUGUUUGAAAGAGUGCAUUCACCGUAGUGAUGAAGAAGAGAAGUGAGCAUACAAGGAUGGAUUAAAUGACUACGGAGCUCUUGUCUAGGAUGACGGAGGCAAUACCCGAAUUCAGUAAGCGCAUCUACUACCAGUCCGGAUUGAGGGAUGAGAUUCAGGACUGGCUGGGACGGACACCACCUUUGAUCUGUUAGUGUGGAAAGCAGAGAAGAGCUUGGGGGGAAGAAAGAAGCCAAGUUAAGUUCUGAGUUUGAAAGGAAGGCUUCUACGUCAGACAAGGCAACCAUGAAAGUUCAAGCAGGACGAGAAGGGACAUUUGGUGGCAGCGACGUCCGUUCGCUAGAAGAAAGAUUAUUGCUGAACCCGCGGGAACACGGAAACAAUGGAGCUGCUCAUCGUGGCGUAGACCAGGAGCAGGAUGAACGUUCUGAUGUUUUGAUCUCGUGAUUGUACAGAAAGGCUUGUUGAAACUUGACCCCUGUUUAGGAGUGAGUGUUGUUCA